AAAAAACUACAGUAGCUUGUUUGGUUGCGAGCUCUGAACAAUAUUGCUAGCUGUAAAUUAUGAUAAAAUAUUCAAAAUUUUGAAAUUGUUCGCGGACUGAGGAUCAGAGUUUCAAAAACAGUUUUAAGUGAUAAAAUUUGUUACUGCGUGUGAAAGAAUUCUUAAAUAUUAUUCGAUUGGGGUUCAAAUACCAAGUAAUAGGUUUAUUGAAAUUCAUUGAUCAAAAAAUUUGAUCUCUGGUUCUGGGCGGUUUCGAAGUGAAUGUGUACCCAUUUUCCUCAUACCUCAUUAUUUCGGACGUUGGUUCAUUGAAUAGGUCAUUUGUUUGUUUCAACUUAUUUACUUUCAGUUUGGAAAGAUAAUGUGAUGCAUUGUUUUUUUUUACUGGCCUAUAGUUUUAUUUGACUUACUAGCUUGGAUCAUCAUCUGGCUUUCUUACCUCAGUCUUAUCUGAUGAGUUCUUCCAUAGAUAUAUAUUUCGUUAAGCUGAAUCGUUUAUAAUUGGAUUCAAGAUAGACAAUAUUUUUUUCAUUUUAUACUUUCGUAUUUAGUGUCUUUUCGUAAUUGUUCCAGGGUAAAUAAAGUAGUAUACAGAAUGCCAUUUCCAAUAUUGUGUUGAUGAAAAGUCAAGGAGACAUACUAAUUGAUAUUUAUACUGAAAAUUUUAAUACUGAAUAUAGGGAUGUGAAAACAUGUAUUGUUAUGUCAAACUUUCUGAAGCAAUCAGCUGCCCUGUUAAUAUUGGAGUCAUUUAAAUUAUCAGUGCUUCUAUCACAGAAAUAUUGGUUAAAUAUAUUUUUAUAUUGAUGUUAUGCUUAAAGUAGGUAUUUUGGUAUCAAGUAUUCUCAAUAAAAGCAUAAUCUUGUAAAUUUCAUCUUCUGUUUUGAUGUUUCAUGCUCUUGUUUUACCAUAUGCACUAUGUUCUUGAAUGUGUCCAACUCGUUUGAUAGAAUGCUAUUUGUGCUUCGCUAUGUAAUCUACCUUGUACUACUAUUUUUAUUUAGUGAUAUAGAAAUAAUGGCGUCAGGAUGUGUCACACAAGUAGAGCUUACUAUAUCAUGUACUAAACUACUAAGCAAAGAUGCCUUGUCAAAAUCAGAUCCAAUCUGUGUCAUUCAAUGUUUUGAAGAAUCCUCCAAAACUUGGUUCGAAUUGGAUCGCACUGAACAUAUUCGAAACACGGAGAAUCCAGUUUUCAGUAAAAAAGUCACGAUUGAUUAUUACUUCGAGGAGAUACAAAAGUUACGAUUCCAAGUCUUUGAUAUUGAUAACUCAACAUCAACCUUAAAAGAUGAUGAUUUCUUAGGGAAAUUGAAAUGCACGCUUGGAAACAUUGUAUCAGCAAAGACAUAUCAGCAGGCACUUAUGCUGAAAGGCAAAAAACAGGCUGGAAAAAGUCUAAUCAAGAUUGUAGCGGAAGAAAUUUCUGACAAUAAUGAAUUAGCUCUUACAGUAAAAGGCAGCAAACUUGAUAACAAAGAUUUUAUGGGGAAAUCUGAUCCAUUUUUAGAGUUCUGGCGAGAAAAUGAUGACAAAACUUGGUCUCUUGCUCACAGAACUGAGGUUGUUAAAAAUAGCCUUGAUCCAGUUUGGAAGACAAUGACAAUACCUAUGCACAGUUUAUGCAAAGGUAAUUAUUCCAACAAAAUCAAAGUUAUUUGUAGUGAUUGGGAUGAUGAUGGUGGUCAUGAUGUUAUUGGUGAAUUUUAUACCUCUGUGACUGAGAUAGAAAAUGCUGUGAAACCUAUAGAAUUCAAAUGUAUCAACGAAAAGAAGAAAGCAAAAAAAUCAUCCUAUAAAGGUUCUGGCACGAUUAUUUUUCAGGCAUCAAGAAUUCAGAAGACUUUUAGUUUUUUGAAUUAUAUUUUUGGUGGAUUGCAAAUCAAUUUUACUGUAGGAGUCGACUUCACAGGGUCAAAUGGAGAUCCUUCAGAUCCACAUUCUCUUCAUUACCAAGACAAUAAUUACCUCAAUGAAUAUAUGCAGGCAUUACUCGCUGUUGGAAGUGUCAUACAAGACUAUGAUACUGACAAGUUAUUUCCUGCCUUUGGAUUUGGAGCAAAAGUGCCUCCUGGAAAUCGUGUUGAACAUGAAUUUCCCUUGAAUUUUAAUCCAACAAACCCCUACUGUAAAGGUGUACUUGGAAUUGUACAGGCCUACCAACAAGCUAUAAGACAGGUGAAGCUGUGGGGCCCAACAAAUAUAUCACCCAUUAUAUCACAUGUUGCUAAAUUUGCUCUCGAAGCUCAAAACGCACAAACAAGUCCUCAAAAUUAUUUUGUGCUGCUGAUCAUUACAGAUGGUGUGAUUACUGAUAUAGCGGAAACCUUGACAGCAAUUGUUAACGCAUCACACCUUCCUAUGUCUAUUAUAAUUGUUGGGGUGGGUACUGCGGAUUUUACUGCUAUGGAAAUGCUCGAUGGAGACGGAGGUGUCUUGAAAUCACCCCAAGGUCACAAGGCUAUUCGGGAUAUUGUACAAUUCGUUCCAUUCCAUGAAGUAAAAAUGAAUGGACCAACUGGAUUGGCAAAAGCGGUUUUGGCUGAAGUUCCUGCUCAAGUUACUCGCUACUUCAAACAAAAGGGAAUGGAACCGGGUCCUUCUUCACGACUUCAACAAAAGUAGUGAUGUAAUUAGCAGUUCCCUUACUUGAUAUAUGUCGCAAUAUCCAAUCUGAUGUCUACACAUUUAUGAUAUGUAUUUUAUGUCGCUGUAUAUCAGUCACUUUCUUGUUUUUAAAAUAAUAUUUUUAUUUGUAAAGUAUGCAAGUCCUACUUUAGAUCCUAUAUUUGUGCUUGUAUGAACAUCAUGUUUCUUCAGAUUCAAGUUUUUGAAUGCAACUCUUCAACUUAAAGCUCUUUACUAAUUGAAACUUGUUAUAAUGUUAUUAAACUUUAUAAUGCUUAGUUUGGUCUUGUUUAUUAGGCUUUGCCCUUCAUUCAUUUCAUUGUGAUAUAGUCAACUUAUUCCAAAGUUGUGUAUUAGUUUUAUAAUGCUUGAAUCUCAGUACGACAGAGUUCCGAACUUUUUUCUUAUAUUUUUUGUUUAUUAUAUUGAAUCUCAUCAGUAAUUAUUCAUUGUAUCUCCAAUUUAUCUGGAAGAAAAUAAGUCAAUAAGAUCUUAUCAGAUAUCUUGUCUUCUAUUUCUUGAAAAAAAAAGCCACCUGCAUUACGAUUCUUACUCCGGAACUCUUUGCCUGAAGUUUUAUAAUUAUCUUAGAACAUACAAUGGGGAUCAUGUAUAUUUACAACACAUGAAGCCAUACGUGAAACCUCUCAAUUAUACAUGAGAUGGUUAAUUAAUGUCUGGGAUCAAUUUUUUUUAUUUACAUUAUUCAUUUACACUACCAACCUAAUAGCUGCAACAUUUUACCCGCAAUUAAUCAUAUUUAUAGACUGUAAUUUUUCAACGCAUUACUAUGUUUUCUUUAUUUAUUUGGAUGCAGUAGUAAACAUGUGCCUAUAUGUUAUGGCGAAUUGCUUGAGAUGUUCUUAUAUAUUACUCGUUUUGUUCUCACAUACAAUCAAUGUUUUAUAAGUAUUCAAUUUUAUGUGCUUAUCUUUGAAUUAUUAAUCUGAAUAAAUAGCUGAAAUGUGAAGCUGAUCAA